GAAAAUCCGUAUCGCUUUAUUUUCAUUCAUGAGUAAAAUAUCUACUACGUCACUUUAUUGAUUUAGAAACUGUUUUGAUUUCUAGUUUGUUUAUGAAUGUAAUAAUAGGAAGAAUAUUACUUACUACUCGAUAUAUAUAUACAAAAAGAUUCGCAAGAAUGUCCUCAGGCCUUUCAUACAUUGACGUUCCCGAAAAUUGCCAGCCUAGUAAUUUGUUUAAACAAUGGGCUGAUGAUUAUAAGACAAACACGCAUUCAGGAUUAGUCUUAUUUAACUUAGCCACAUCAUUCAAAAAUGGAGAUGUGUCUAACAGAAAUUUGGUGCUCCAAGAAAUUUCUGAUGACGGUGGUCUAAUUUUUAAUACCAAUUUGAAUAGUUUGAAGGUGAAACAAAUAGAAGAGAAUCCUAAAGUUUCUGCAAGUUUUUUGUUUACAUAUACAAAUGAAACAUCUAAUAAGAGAAUAUCACAACAGGUUCGAAUGAAGGGCCUUAUAGAGAAACUGCCUACAUCUUACAGCGAAAGGAUAUUUGAAAAACAACCAUUGUACGCUAAAAUUCGAAGCAUCCUUCUUGAAGAACAGGGUGUUCCAGUGUGUUGGGAAGAGCUAAAGAAGAAACACGACGAUCUAUUGAAUAAAGUAAAUAAAGGAGAGAUUGAGUUGAAAUCACCAAAACAAUUGGUCUUAUACAAAAUUAUACCUGCCGAGUACGAUUUCUACCACGCCAAUGAGAAUGAAAUUGGAGACAGGAUACUUUUUUCCAAAUCCAAAGAUGAUGAGUGGGAUCAUUAUCAUAUUAGUGCUUAGAUAGUUAACUUAGCUCUAACAAUUUAAUUUAGCUCCCUACUCUUUGUACUCUCUGCAUCCAGUAGCGUGUCGUGGAUAAAAGGGCGGAGGGGGCGAAGACCUUAAGGAGCGCAAUAAUCAAUAAAGGAUCAAAUAAAUUACAAACUUUUUUUUUUAUAAUAAGACUACAUGAAAACGUUUAUUUUUUUUAAUUAUAAAUUUGUUUAUUAAAAAAGUUAGUAUACAAAACAGUUAUUUCAAAGAUGCAAGCGUCUUGUUUUAACCGAUUUAAAAGAAUCAAUUAUUUCGUCUAUAUUUAGAUCCUGGGCUGUAUCUGCUUCAAUACUGAGAAGUGGUAAAUAAUUGGUUCUAUCUUAUGUGCUGGUGCACCUCUGGUAAUUAUUAAUUCUUCCUAAUCUACUGAAAGAUCGUUCUGCACCAGCACUGUUGGUGGCUAUAGUGUAAAAAAUCCUCAGUAAUGCACAUAAAGAUGGAUAUGAAGACUCUGGUCAAUGGAAAUUAAAAAUGAUAAAUAUUCGUCAGGUGCAAGUUUGUUAUCAUCAGCAUUAAUUUCUUCUAAUAAACUCCAAAAUGUUUAUAUUCCUCAAUUAAAGAAGGUUUAACAUCCGCUUGGUACAAUAUCUGUAGAUCCAUAAGACAUUUUAAAUUGUCAUCAUUGACGUUCAUAUCCAAUAAACAAUUAAAUUUUUGGCAUAUUAAGGAAGUCUUCAAACCGAUUCUCUAGAGUACCAGCUAAAGUACCAUAAAACACUGAUAUCUUGAAAUUAUCUUCAGAAUUUUAUGUAGGUAAUUAUUCUGGAUUUUAUCAUGAUUUUUUUUCAUUCUUCUUUUUCUUUUUGUGGAAAAUUAUGUUGACGUAUUGCAUUUAUUUGCCAAAAUAGUAGCCUGUUUUUUUUUUAAAUUUUCAAAAUAUUUUUCACUUCCUAAUGAUUUGAGAUCUUUAGUUACCGCAGAAAUCAUAUGAGCAGCUGUACAUAAGUUGAUAUUAACCUUUUGCAAGUGAUUGGACAAUAUAUUAAUUUUAUUCAGCACUUCAUUAUAAUCGAUUAUAUUUCGGUCGGUGAUUCCCCGAAUUUAUUUACUUCGCGACUGCUUUCGUCUUCUUUUUUGGCGGCGCCGCGCCGGCGCAACGUUAUGUCUAGCCAUUGUAUUUUUAUUUAUAGACAAUGGUCUAGCGGUAGCGUAGUUUCAAACCCAUAUGAAACCCAUAUUCAUUAGAGAUUUAAAUUAUUAAAUAUAAGUAAACAUUAAUAAAAAACAAAAAUAAAAUGUGAGAAAUAUAUAUACGUCACUUUUUAUCUUUAAGAGCUAAGGGUAGGUACGGUAGGGCACCGUUUGUUUUUGCGAUAAAUUUAGUUUUUCUAUUUUUUUUGAAAGGGCGCCAGAGGCGCUAAGCGCCUAGGGGCGGAGGGGGCGUCCGCCCCCCCUGGCCCCCUAUACGACACGCCACUGUCUGCAUCCGCCUUAAAAAAAGUACCUAUGUUAAUAAAUGAAAAUAUAUUUUGACUAAAAUAGAUAUUUUCCACAAUUUUGAGUUGCUUACAGUCAUUUAAAAGAAUCUUGGUGCAGUGUUUUAUUACUAUAAAACCAAAUGAGGUUGUAAAACGUCUUGAUUUUUUUAUAUAUCUACGA